CGCGGAGCGGGACGAGGCGCGAUGUAGGCUCGGAGCGGGAUGGCGUGCGGCUGCUGCCCCGGCGCAGGGCGGCUGAACGCGGACACGGCGCGGUUCCUGCUGCUGGCGCUGCUGAUCGCGCUGUACAUGCUGUGCGGCGCCGCCGUCUUCUCGGCCAUCGAGCUGCCCACGGAGCGCGCCGCCAAGGAGCGCUGGGAGCGCCGCCUCGACAACUUCACCCGCCGGCACAACCUCAGCCGCGCCGAGCUCCGCCGCUUCCUCCGCGAGUACGAGGAGGCCAGCGUGGCCGGCAUCCGCGUCGACGACGUGCGGCCCCGGUGGGAUUUCACCGGCGCUUUCUACUUCGUGGGCACCGUGGUUUCCACCAUCGGGUUUGGCAUGACCACCCCAGCCACUGUCGGAGGCAAAAUCUUCCUUAUAUUUUAUGGCCUUAUAGGAUGUGCAGGGACCAUUUUAUUCUUCAACUUGUUCCUGGAGCGCUUAAUCACUGUCAUAGCCUACAUCAUGAAGUCCUGCCAUGAAAGACAGCUGAGGAGGAAAGGGGUCCUCCCUCACAACAGCCGUAGGGGCUCAGGGACCUCUGAGGUGGACAGCCUGGCAGGCUGGAAGCCCUCUGUGUACUAUGUCAUGCUGAUUUUGUGUGUAGCAUCACUCAUAAUUUCCUGCUGUGCCUCUGCGAUGUACACACCGAUUGAAGGGUGGAGUUACUUUGACUCUCUUUACUUCUGCUUCGUGGCCUUCAGCACCAUUGGUUUUGGUGAUCUGGUCAGUAGCCAGAACAUGAACUAUGAGAGCCAAGGCCUUUACCGCUUUGGCAAUUUUGUUUUCAUACUCAUGGGGGUGUGCUGCAUCUAUUCCUUAUUUAAUGUGAUCUCUAUUGUCAUCAAACAAUCCAUAAACUGGAUAUUAAAGAAGCUGGACUGCAGGUGCUGCCACAGAUGCCAAAGAAAAUUCUUUCAUUCACGGAGGAAUGUGGUAAUGCCAGGAAAUGUGCGCAGCCGGAGAAACAUCUCCAUUGAGACUGAUGUUGUCAAUGACAGUGACACAGAUGGACGCCGGCUGUCAGGCGAGAUGAUCUCCAUGAAAGACUUCCUGGCCUCCAACAAAGUCUCACUGGCCAUCAUGCAGAAACAGUUGUCAGAAACUGCUAAUGGCUACCCAAGGCAAAUGAGCUCUAGUUCAAAGCAAAAUGGGUUCUCUGGUGGGGUUGGAGCCUUAGCAAUUAUGAAUAACAGACUGGCAGAGACAAGUGUAGAUAGGUAAAAUAAUAACAGUAUGAACCAUUUCAACAAGUAUAGAAAGAGCAUGAAUUAAGUGGAAGCAGCUAGGGAGAGAGUAUCGCCAGAGAGUGGGAUGGGUGUGAAUGGCAUACCUCCUGUUGGGAGACCUCUGACACUUUUUUGGGGCUGUCACUUAAUGUCUUGGCUCUUUGCAUUGCACCAGCCUCAGCCUUCCUUCUUGCCCUUCCUUGUGUUCCUCAAACAGGUGACUGCAGGAAAAAUUUAAUUUAGUCUUCGGAACAUUGUUCCAUGUCUUGUUCUCCUCCGUUUAUGUGAAAUACAGACUUCAGGUUAAGAAAUCUGUGCUAUGAAAAGAAACCAAAUUUGUCUACUGAAUGCAUUCUUAAUUCAAAUAGUGUUCUGAGCUUUCUGUUUUGCCUUUAUCAUACCUGUUUUCUGAAAGUAGUUUUUUCUGAGACCAAAAGAGGCAUCAGCCUUUCUCUGUGGUAUUACAAAUCUAAUUUAAUGGAACAAACCCACUGAACUAUUUUCUUUUUUAUAUUACAACUUAAAUAUUUUUAUUGUGAAACAGCUAGGCUUGAAAAGCCAGCUUCUGCUGCCAUUAAUGUUUGUGUAAAUCUGAAGUAAUUUAUGAAAGUUGGUAGGACUACUCUGGAACUGUUGUGAUGUGCAUGAGAAGAGAAUUCAGCCUUUAGAAUUUAAUUUAGCCUUCCCUUUAAAAGGAUACUGUCAAAAGUACUAGAAUAAAUAUUUUUCUUAGUUUUGUUUUCUUCUCUCCAUUUGCAAAACACACGAUUUUUUUCUAGGCUACUUUUUCUUCUAGAAUUGAAUCACUGUAGCUUUCUGUUUCAAAAAUAUCAAAUUAAAUUGAAAACUGUCAUGCUGACAAGUUGCAUGAAUUAUUCCACAAUGGCAAUCAAAGAUUUUUCCAAAUUUCUAUUCAUAUUAUGCUCAAUUGUGACUGAUGCAAUUGAGCAUCGGCAUUAUGUAAUGCAAAUAGUAACUGAGUUUACACAACAGGCUUUAGUAUGCAAUUAGAUUGCCAUGACAACAUUCAGUGUAUUAUUAUAAGUGACUGUGAUCACAAAAUCACUUUGGCAGUGUCCUUUUUACCUUUCAUGUAAUUCUGUCAUCCUUCACCUGUGUUUCUGGCUUUUGGUGAUGAUAAUGACAGGGUCUUGAUUAGGGAAACAGAAAAUGUUUAACUCCCCAUUUUUCUCAAUGAAAUGCUCCAAGGGUUCAUUAUGACUAGAAAGGAGACUUCAGCGAGAAUAAUAAUAAUAAUAAUAAUAAUAAUAAUAGUGAGAAGAAUAUGAAAACAGGAAACAAGGUAAUCUUUAUAAAGACUGUGAAAUUAUUCUUUGUACUAGGUAACUGGAGAAAUAAGAGAUUAAAUUAACAUAAAGCCUAGCAAGAAUUUAAAGAAGACUGGGUUGAAUUCCUGACUCCUUUAACUGUGCAAUGGAUUAAAACUAAACAGUAUGUGAGAGCAGAAUUGGUCAAAAAGGACCUGAACCAGUUCCCCCUUGAAGAAAACAAUAAAUGCAUCAAGAUCAAAUGUUUACUCACAGCUAGAAAUUCGUGCAGAAUAUUACAAUUUUAGGGGAUUAAAAGCAGCAGUAUGCAGUUCUUAAUUUUUGUCAUUCAGAAAAAUUCAGAUAGCCUCUUCAGUUUAAUUGUAUUAGGAAUUAAUAUCAUAUCUUUUUUCUUCAUUCUGGCCAAAAGUCCUUUCAGUUAGGUUCCUAAUACUGUAGGAUAAGUUUUAAUACUCAUUUUAAGCAAUAUUUUAAUUUGAAAACAAAAAAAAAUACCUCUUGGAAUCCUUUCAUAUAAUAAAGUAAAACCAAAUAUUAGAUUAAACAAAUGUACUUAACCCAGUGAAAAGUAUUGAAAGUUCUUUUUGAUAUAUUACAGCUAAAAUGUCCUGAUUAAAAGUCAAAUCCUUCCAUCUUUAGUUACAAGGAGAGUUUCCAGCUGAAGCUAAUAGUCCAAAUUCUGGGAUUAACUCAGCUGCGUAGCAGUGGAGUUUCCCUAGUAGUAUCCCUUCAUAUUUGCAUCCAUACAAAAGCCAAAUCAGUUCCUAAACCCAAAAUUUGGUAAGAAAAGCAGUCUGACUUGUUUUGAGGGGGGAAGCAUGUGGGGAGAGGUAAUGGUAUGUAUUACCAAAAAAUUGCCACUGAAUUAUUUCAGAUAAUUUUAUAGUACCCAGGAUCCAUUACAUUGUUAAGGUUUUUUUCUCCCAAGACCUUCUUUGUUUCAAACUCACUGAAUAAAAAUACUUUGAUAUAAAAAGACAAAAGUACUGCUCUGAAGUCUUCUUUCCACAUUCCUACAGCAUUGCCUCUGUUCACUGCCUGUAACCCCGAGAUCUCUUUGUUGCAGAGGUGUUCCUUAUGCUGCCAGCUAGCAGAAAUAGUUUAGGACUUGGCGUACUGCUUAAGCAGGGCUCUCAUUCUGGGCAGGACAGCCGCAGUCUUGAAAACCACAGCUUCCUUCUCCAUUUAUGACAGUUAGUAACUUCCAUUGCAAAUGUCAGAUUUUGCUGAGCACUGAAUACAUGAGUGACUCCACACUACUCUCCUUUCCAGGUGAUUGAGGCAAUGCAUAUUAUGAUCUUAGAUAAAUAAUGAAAACAUGCAAGUUUCUUUAGUUAAUUUAUUCUGUAGUUCUAUGUCAUCAUUAAUGAAGGAUCUGGAUUUCAUAUAGGAUUUUUACUCAAAUCCUUCCAUAUCUAAUUAGCUUUCAAAAUUGGCUCUGGAUAUCUAAACACAGGCCAAUAUUUAUAGCAAGUAGAUGAGAAAGGAAAUUGAAGGAGAGAAAAAAAUAUACACUGUUGGAAAGAGAUGAAACAUUACGAUCUCAGCAGUCAAUUCAACAAAGAUUAUUUAAGUUUUAGAAGAUGACACAGCCCAGUAGCAGAUCAUUAAGACGGUCUUCAGGUGGUUUCAACUGCUGCCAAGACGUGAGGCAGUUAUUCUGUUUUCAUUCUUUGUGAUGCAAUGAGUCAGUUACCCAUCUCUAUAAAGGAAUCUUUAUCAGCUAUUUUCAAUAGAUCUGAAAAGUUCUGUGGUUAUGAAAGCAAGGGACUGAUAUGUAAACUUGAUCAAACAGAUUAGGCAAGGCUGUAUGAGAUCUUUGGUGUAUGCUAGCUCUGCCUUUGUCAACAAGUCCUGACCUUCUCUCUCAAGCACGGGCUUCCUCA